UCAACACAAAGGGAUGACGAGAAAAUUCAUACAUUUUGCUGCACUAUGCACUAUACCUACACGUCUCUUAUUCUCAUUUCUUUCCGCAGUGGAAUUUAGCAACAAUGAGUCGCCCAACAACAACAACUAACUACUUAUGCGAACGACGACGGGGUUGACAUUAUAAAUGCUGGUUACGACUGCGGGGGGAAUAAUGUGUUAAUAGCGACGGAAUGUAGACGAGGACGGAAGAAGGAUUUAAUAAAAAUUCUGGCUUUUCGUCACCACCACUGGCACGACCAUCACUGCACCUGUGUUGUUGCCUGGCGUUGGGGGCGGUGGUGGCUAAGCACUGAAUUCGAGAGGACAAUUUUAAACGUUGAGUGCUAAGCGAUUCGAAUCUCGGUUGCUUCUUGAUAUGGGAUGAUGCUCUGCUUUACGAAGACUCCUAACACACGGACGUACGGCGUCGGUGGUGAUGAUGAUGAUGAUCCAUUCAUUUUUUUCGUAACGUGCUCCACUUUCUGCCAAACAUGACGCUUACGUAGGAUGAAAAAUAAAGGCAUCUGCAUUUUCAUAUCGAGAGGGAAUAAGGAUGGAAAUUACUCUGUUUCAACCUCCCAACGUAUUGUGAUCACGGUCUAGAGGACAAUUUAAUGUUUGAUGUACAAAACUGCAUCAUUCACAUUGAAAUUAGUGUGAAUCGAGUGGUUGGCUUGAGUAGUGCGGUGGUUGAGAAUUUUAAACACAUUUCGCUUUUACUUUAUUCCUUCGAAAAACCAUCGCCACCAUAAUAAUUGGCAUCAUUCCUUAGUCAGUAGUGGAGUGGGUGUGUGCGUGCGAGAUCAUUUUUCCGACGCCUCAAAAUUGUUUUCUUCGUUGUUAUCAAUUGUUACUGAUGGUAUUUUAAACUGUGACCUUGUGUGACAAUCAGUGGUGCAAGUGCAAUUAGAAAAAAACCGAUACCGAUAAAGGAGUGAACUAAUCAGGAAGGCAUAAAAGUACAAAAAAGUGACAGAUGAAGCUAAAUAGUGGCCAGUAAUUCACUAAAAUAAGCACAUUUCUAAGAAGUGAGGAACACCACAACAAUGAAGUUGUCACUGGUGAUAGUGACCUUAGUCCUCGUUUACUUGGAGAGCUGUUUCGGCGCAUACUGGAACAAUAACCCCAACAAUAAUAAUGGUCCUCGACGUCCCUCCCAACACAUGGGGCGCGACAGACCCCGACCUGGCCCAGGAGGUCAGAGGCAUCACCGGCACAUUCAACCCCACCACCACGGAUACCCCAGACUCCCAAAUCGAAUGCAUAACAGACCUCCCCCACCCGGUCAUCGCCGAGUAUCGCGACCUCCUCCACCCCAAUUUCGACACAAUUUCCCACACAAUGAGCAGUCGCCCCAUCAUAAUCAGAACAACAACCAGGGGGCCAUGCUCAUCCAGCCGAUGAUGCAUAAUAACCCGAUUCCUCACCAACAUCACCACCACCACCACCCGCAAAGACAAGACUUGGGCGUGCCGCCACCGUUUUUCCAACAAGACGAAAUAAUUCAAGAGCAGUCGAAACACUUUCCCGUGACAGCGAUGGCAAACCCGAACAAUUUGCAUGCUCCGAAUUUCCAGUCAGUCAAAGACUCCCAGCCCCACGGUUACUUGUCCUCCACGUAUAAAGGAUGGAAGCCAAUCGUGAAGCCGUACCAGAAUUCGUACAUCAUGACGCCUGGCAGUACAAAUCUUGUGACCCAGCAGAGUUCCACGUAUGGGAUGUUGCCUCAAAACAACGGGAAAAAUAUUAUGUAUUCUAGUCAUCCCACUCAGACCUUAAACUUAGACACACUUUUCCGAGAACAAACUGAGCACAUGAAGCCACACUAUCACAGUUUGAAGCAGGCGUUCUCAGAAAAUCAGGGCGUGAGGGUCCCUCCUCCUACUGUCCCGAUGAUUAAAGCUGUCGAGAUUCCGAUCUGGAAUAAGCGAUUGCCACCCCCACCAUCACAGUCGCCAGUUGGAGCAAAUCGCCAACAACCUCCUCAACAAGACGAGGGGAUAAAGAAACCCUUCAACAGACCUAAAAUUCCUCAAAAGGUGCAACAACAGAGUGACAAUGGUAACAAUGGACCUUCUUCAUCUGAGGAUGCUCCGAAAUUUCCCAAGUUCAAGCUGAGACAAAGACCUCAACGCCCCUCGGCUGGAGGACAGGUGAACAAGGAUGCAACUCAAGAGUCACAAAACGACCAAGGCAUCUCCGUCCUGCCUCCAUUCCCCGGAAAGCAUGCUACGUCAUCACCUUCCGGUGACAGCACACAGCAAGAUCAACCCUUAAAUCUCAAGACAAAACUGAUCAAUCGAGGUCGUGUGCGAGUUCGUCCAAAACCGAAGCCGGAAUCUACUACCCAAUCUGACGAGGAGUCGUCUUCGCCACCAUCGAAACUUGGGGGACAGAGAUUUGGAAAUCAUAACCACAACCAUCAGAAUUCUAUAAGUAAUUCAGAACCGUCAACCACUGAGAAUUCACCGCCUCGACGAAACCCUCAAUUUUUUGGGCGACCCCAACAACAACAGCCGACAAGUCAGACUGAGAGUAGCGGAGAAGAGGAUGGUGGAUCGCCCGUGCACAAUUUUAAUCGGCCCCAACGUCCAACUUCAGAGAGAUCACCACCGUCAUCAUCACCGCCACCAAACCGUGGUCAUCACCGGAAUCAUCAACAUCACACAGAAGAGCAGAGGAUUCGACGACCCAUUGAACGCACUCCAGUGUCAAACAGCUUUUCGGACGGUCCAUCUGAAUCAGGAGAGACGGAACCUGAAGGCCAGCAGCAGCAGCAGCUUUUACGUGGUCGGAGAAAGCAGCGACCCGACACCAAAAAUAAGAUUGACGAUCACACCACGGACCAACCAGGAGUAGCAGGAUUGCCACCUUCUUCUUAUCCCUCGGAGAACCCGCCUCAGAGAUUUUCCGGAGACGACGACUCGUAUUUCCCACCGGGAUUCCAUACCGACCCUUCCAAAAAUACUGGACAGCAUCCGGUGUCUUUUAUGACCAUGCCUGGUGGGAAACCACAAGUUAUACAUCAUACUUACCCUCCAAGUCACCAUUCCUCACACCCACAAUACCCAAUUAACGUCAUGAGGUCUCCUGCCCCACCCGACUUUCACCGCGGUGGAGAAAGUCACCCAGGGUCGGGCAGCAGCCCACAUGGAAAUUAUGUCUCAAAUAAUCGUCCUCACUUUGGAGCAAUAAAUGUCCAAAACGGACCUGGACACCAGCAGCCACCCAACAAUAAUGGGCCGAAUAAACCACUCAGAUUCCCACCACCGCACCAUCAACACAAUUCGGGACCAGUUUUCACUUCCUCCAACUCGAAUCAUGAGCCAUCCUACUUUCCUGCUUUCGGACCCAACAGCCAGCAUUCUCCCCAACAUAAUAAUUUCGAGGGUCGCUUCCCACCGUCCUCACCCCCACCACACGUCCACCGACAUGGACCACCACCACCCUCAAUGUCACACCCACCUCCACUCUCCCAAGCUGCCCAACACUCUCCUCCACCCAUGAGACUCCCGCCGCCCACGUCGACAUCGACCAUGAGAUACCCACGUUACCACUCGAGCAGUAGUGCACCACCUUCCUCCGUCGGCUUCCCUCCGUCAUCCCCAUCGUCACCAUCUUCCGGUUCAUCGUCCUACACCAGUGUCGAAAUGAGAGACUCGAGCGAAGACCCACUCUCCUCCACGACACCCGGAGCACCAUUCCGACACAACAACCCAGAGCGGUCAAAUGCCAAUCCCUUCGCAUUCCCAGAGUAUGCCCCCGCCUAUGCUGGGAGCUCUGUCGAAUAUGACAAAAUCCCGAUGCAGUUCAUGGACCAAUUGCGCCCCAUUUUGAGAGACGACCAUCCUUCUUCUCACACCAACCAACAGACGAUUCAGAGUCACAAGUCGCCCGAUAUCCAUCCGCCGGAAUCAUUCUUUGACGAAUUCUUCCAACCGUUCGACCAAUCCUUUAAUCCAAACCCGGAACAAGAGUUGGACUCCAAACCGACCGUGCAGAUCGAGACGCAUGUCGUGCAACCGCAAUUCAUCAACAAUUUCAAUGCCUACGAAGGAUACAAUGCGGAGCAGUCGAGUCCUCAACCACACUUUGCCCGUCCAAUCUCAAGCAAUAAUAAGCACAACUCUGCCAUCUCGUCCUACCUGCCGCCCUUCAUCCCCACGUCAGAGUCCUCCCUUGUGUCAAAUGAUAACGACUUUAUCCAGCCAUUGGACUCAUCUCCCGUGUGGAGCAAGCUUCACAACAACGACAACAAUGACUUGGUCUCCUCUUCCACUGAACAGCAACAAAUCGUGGUAACCCCGGCUGCUCCCACGCUCAAAAAGCACCACCACGAAUCCAAGCCGACUCACAAACAGCAAUAUCAACAGUACCAUGUCAGCACUACGGCAAAAACGAGUAAUGCCAAGAUCAGCAAGGAUGCCUACAAUGCGGAGACAAUUCCACCCGUUACCACGUACAAACCCUCCCGAUUUGAAAAGCAUGACGACGACGAUGACGAAGAGGAUAGUGGAUUUGGCCUCAAAAAGUACCUUACGGCCAUCACCACCACCACCACUGCUCGAGACCAAGGGGACCACGUGGACUCAAACACACCGAAAAGUGUACGCUUUCCGAUCAGAGAUGCCCAACCAUCUCCGUCAACGACGGAAUCCUCUCCAGAAACUUCAACGGCAUAUAAAUCCAGACGACACUUUCGCCGGCGACGACCCGAUGCUGCCGUCCGACGAAGAUUUUUCUCCUCUCGUGUCAAAUCUGCCGGGGAUGAGCAAGACCAACAAGAACAAGACCAUCAGCAGAGCAGCAGUCCAAAGUCAAUCUCCUCUCUUUUCGGGGGACGAUCAACCACCAAGGCCACCUCGACCACCCCGACCACCACCACCGUGGACCAGAAACAUAUCAACGGUCCACCAUCAGAUCAACAUCACGACGAUAACGCAGGGUACGAACCUACUCGCGGUUCCCCCCUGAAACAGAGACGGAUCUUACAACGGAGAAAAAGCUUGGCAAGCUCGACACCCACGGCGGAAAAGGGUUCUUCUCAUGACACGACGACACCUUCCAAAACACCAGCAGCAGCACGACCCACCUCCUCCUCGGCAGAAUCUGAAACGGUGACUUAUGGAGAAAGCCAGUGGUUCCGUAUUAAACCAACGGAUUCCUCUGAACUGGAAGCCGCCGCUGCUGCUGCAUUCAACUCGAAUAAAGCGGAUGGAGGAUCGAAAUCAUCGUCUAGCACUCGUGGUCUAAAGACUGGAAAUAAGGAAGUUGUUGGCGGAGGUGGUCGUGGCACCUCUGGCAUCGCGAUCCCACAAUUCCUCCCAUUGGAACAACCCUCGUCCGAGAUAAGUAGCAGCACGGAGACGGCAGCAUCAGGUGUGAAGACUUCGUACAGCUCGAAACACUCGGUCUCAUACGUGGAGGGGGCUAAAUACCCAGUGCACAAAAAGGCCACGUCGUCCUCAUCCUCAUGAGUUAUUGCACGUUGCUAAUUGAGACAAAAAACGAGUACAGCCCAACAAGUACCAACCAGCUUUCGAGGGUUUAUAAUUUGUUGUUGUGAUUACGGAAUGCAAUUACUUACUUUCACCGCUUUCACCUCUCUUUUCUAAGUAGUUAGACUUGUAAGAGUAUUUAUUUUUGUUGUUUUGUUGUUGCUGCUACACAAUCUGUGUUGUUGUUGGAAUGUCGUAAUUUAUUUAUUUUUAUACACCAGCCAAGAAGCCGUCCCUGUUUAUUCACGCUGUUUGCUAUAAUUAAUUAGGAAGUUAAUUAAGAAGACCACGACCAACUACUGCUACGCCACGAGAUACACUUACUUAAUAAAUAUGUACGUACCAAUGUUGACGCUGACAAGUAGAGGGGUCCACCAACUAAUCACUGGUAAUGAUGAUGAUGAGGGGUACAUACUUAGCUUAAGUCUGAUAAGUACUACAAAGAAACUGGGGCUGCGUUAUCAGUAUCAUUACCAAAAAAGUGAUGAUGGGUAUGAUGACGCCUUAAAAAUGGACCUUAACUGAUCAUGAUGAGGGGUGUUGUUUACUGGAUCCUUUUGAGAUAAGGAUACACACAUAAGUAAUUGGUAUAUACAUGUAAUUGCUUACACAGAUACUGACAUAUGUAUAUGACGUAAAAUUAAUAAAAAGGGUCGUUGUUACUGCUAUAAAAUUUCGA